AUGUCGCCUCAGAUUGUGCCCUAUGGCCGGUGGGAGAGCCCAUUGACAGCGGAGCGCCUGGCUACCUGUAGCAUAUCGCUCCACGAAGUAGCCGUGAAUGAGAAAACAGGGGCUAUUUACUCGGUGGAAUGCCACCCGACCGAAAAUGGCCGUUUCGCCAUUGUGGAACAUCUCGAUGGUCACAGCAAAGAUGUCCUGCCGAAGGAGUACAGUGCCCACGCUAGCGUGCAGGAGAUUGGAGGCGGGUCAAUCUCCAUGAGACCCGAUGGACAGAUCCUGUUUUCAGAUGAGAAGUCGUGCAGUGUCUACCUCCUAGACCCGGCCACGAGCCAUACCAAGCUUGUUCACGCGGCGCCCGAAGGCAUUCGAUAUGCCGAGUUCAGCACCCACCCGCAACAUCCACAGUGGAUAAUUGCGAUCAAAGAGGACCACCGGGAGGCUACUCCUGAGACCCAAGCAACCCAUGUCCACAACACUUUGGUGGCGAUUAACCUUGACUCAGGAGAAGAGACGACCAUCACGCAGGGCGACGACUUUUAUUCUCACCCUAAAUUCGAUCCGUCUGGAAAAUAUGUCUCCUGGAUUCAAUGGACUCACCCUGAUAUGCCGUGGACAGGCACUGUUUUCCAUAUCGCGGAGUGGGCAAAUGGAUCACUCAAUAAUGAUACCGCAAUUGCUGGAAAAGCGCAACAGGAGAGCAUUGCGCAGCCAAAAUGGGCUGAGGACGGGUUGCUAUAUUUCGCAAGUGACCGGACCGGCUUUUGGCAGCUCUACUCGUUCGAUCCGAAGAAUAAUGCCCAGCGUUAUCUUUCACUGAAGGGCUUUGAGAAAUCCGAGUUUGCCAUUGCUGAAUGGGAACUUGGCAGCUCUACAUUUAUCUCUCUUGACGAGAAGACCAUCGUGGCUACUGCCGUGAAUAAUGGCUCCAGCAAGAUGAUCCUCGUUGAUACUUUUACCCUGGAGACCCGAGAUCUAGGCCUCCCUUAUUUGGACAUCGGUCACCGCGCAAAUGCUAUCUACCGCGUAUCUCACACCAGCUUCGCGGUCGUCGGUUCUUCAGCCACAUCUCCGCAAGAAUUGGGUCUUGUAUCGAUCAAACAAUCGUCCGAAGUAGAGAGAACGGUUCUCACGUCAACCGCAUCUUUCGACCUAGCACCCGAAUACGUUUCUCGUGCAUCGGAGUACAUCGCACCCCAGAAAUAUGGCCCGCUGUCCGACGGCAAGGUUCAUAUGUUCUUCUUCCCCCCUUGCAAUCCCAAUUUCCAGGCAGACGGAACUGAACUUCCGCCAGUCUUGACGUACGUCCACGGCGGGCCUAAUGCCUGCUCUUUCCCCGCCCUCAAUCUGGAAACACAGUAUUGGACGACCCGCGGUUUUGCCGUUUGCGCAGUCAACUACACUGGAUCGACGGGAUUCGGACGCGAGUACCGCGAGAAGCUUUCAGGUCACUGGGGUGUCGUUGAUGUAGCCGACGCCGUUAGUGCGGUGAACUACCUCGCCGAAAAGCAACUGAUCGACAAGAAUCGAGUUGGUAUCUACGGCCAGAGCGCUGGCGGAUACCUCACGCUGAGGGCUCUGCACAUGUACCCCGAUGUCUGGGCUGCAGGAAUUAGCUCCUACGGCAUCAGCGAUGUACGGGCUCUCCAGGCUGACUCCUACAAGUUUGAGUCUCAGGAUGUGGACCGUAUUGUUUUGGGGAAGACUGCGCCGGAAGACCGGGCACGGGUACUCAAGGAACGCAGCCCAUGCCACUAUGCUAAGGAUAUGAAGGCGCCCUUACUGCUCUUGCAGGGGACCACGGAUGUUGUUGUUCCUUUGGCACAGGCGCGGAUGAUGGCUUCUGCUAUGCAGGGACAGGGCCGAGUCGCUGAAGUGGUGGAGUUUGAAGGCGAAGGACAUGGAUGGGUCGGGCAGAAGGCGAUUUACGAAUCGUUCACGCGAAAGGAGGAGUGGUGGAAGCGCCAUCUGACUUGA